CGAGAAAUCAACAAAAACACAAACAACAGAUACUCUUUUUUUUUUUACGUCCAGCUUUCCCGUUAUCACACACAAGUUUCGUCUUUCACACGUCCGAUUCCAAGAGAUAAUGCAGACUAUUAAAUGCGUCGUCGUGGGUGACGGCGCUGUCGGAAAGACAUGUCUGUUGAUAUCCUAUACAACAAACAAGUUUCCAUCGGAAUAUGUGCCUACGGUGUUUGACAACUAUGCGGUGACUGUCAUGAUUGGUGAUAGCCCUUACACACUCGGUCUAUUCGACACGGCCGGGCAGGAAGACUACGACCGGCUGCGCCCGCUAUCUUACCCGCAGACAGACGUCUUCCUCAUCUGCUUCUCGAUCGCUUCCCCCGCUUCGUUUGAGAAUGUGCGUGAAAAAUGGUUUCACGAAAUCUCGCAUCAUUGCCCCGGGGCGCCGUGCUUGAUAGUGGGGACGCAGGUCGAUUUGCGGGAUGAUCCAAAGCAGGUGGAGAGGAUGAUGAGUGGUAGUGGCCGGGGAGGGGGAGGGGGGAGGGGCGGGUUGAUAACGCAAGAGCAAGGGGAGCGGCUGGCGAGAGAGUUGGGCGGGAGAAAGUAUGUAGAGUGUUCGGCGUUGACGCAGAAAGGGUUGAAGAAUGUGUUUGAUGAGGCAAUCGUAGCGGCUCUUGAACCGCCAGUGGUGAAAAAGACGAAAAAGUGCUUGAUCCUCUAACCCGUCGUGGUUUAUUUUGAGCCGUGGUUAUUAUAUAUAUAUAGAUUGUUCUCUUCUUGCCUCUUGGAUUUUUUAAUGCUUUGGGUUCAUUAUUUGCUAUAACGACUGGUGCGAAAGUGAUUAUGAAAUGCAACGACAUUGUACAUAUUGCC